ACUUAAUUUAAAUAAUCUUCCAGAAUCAUUAUUUCAUAAUCAAUAGAGAAAAGAUCCAAGUAAUCUUGUUUUAACGCAAAAUUUUCAUUUAUUUUGUAAUAAUAUUCAAUCUCCAAAUGACAAAAUUAUUGAACGUGUUGAAGAUUAUGAAUAUUUGUUAUCAAAAGUCUUUCAUGAAAUAAAAGGAUUGGUAAAAAAGUACCCGGAAAUGGCACAGGAAUUUUAUACUACAAACAAUACGUUAUUACAAAAUAGAAUAAAAAGUGCAAAUAAUCAAAAAACUUGUAAAAGUACAACAAAAAAUUUAAUUAGAAAUCCCCAGACUGCUACUAAUAAUUCAAAAAAAAGAGAAAAAAAAAGUAAAGUAAUGAAUGACUUAUCAAAUAAAAAACGGAAAACAAGAUCCAAUAAUAGCAGUGGAUUGUCAUUACAAGAAAAAGAAAAUAUUCCCAAAUAUGAUGAUAAAAAAAAUGAUAAUAUUAACGCAUCUAGUUCAAUGCAUAGGGUAUUUCAGAAUUUACCACAAAUAUCAGUGACGGAAUUAAUGGAUAUGGAAAUAGUGGAAAUAGACAAUGGUUUAAGCAAAAAAAAAGAUAAUGAAUUAUUUUGUCUUUUUUGCAAUCAAUCUUUGCCUAAUCCUUUACCAAAAAAGUUGCUUGAUUAUUUGAAAAUAUUACAGAAUAAAGAUAAAAUAUUAGAAACUGAUCGCGCGGAAUUUUGUUUUAUGCACUAUGCAGAAACUGCAAUUGUAUAGUAAUUAUUUUGAUGUAAAUAAUCUGUCAAUAAAAAAUUUUUUAAUAGUAAAAUGUAAUUCUUGCACGAAAUAAAUACAUUAUAAAAAAUUAUGCAUUUUUUAGUUGAAAAUUUAA